AUGUUUAACCAUCUUUAUCUGUGUGAUUGCACGCAGGAUACUUCUAUCUUGGAAGAGUACAACAUCAACUGGACACAGAAGCUUGGUGCUGGAAUCAGUGGUCCAGUAAGGGUAUGUGUCAAAAAGUCAACUCAAGAGCGGUUUGCACUGAAGAUUCUCAUAGAUCGUCCAAAAGCCAGAAAUGAGGUACGGUUACAUAUGCUGUGUGCAGCACAUCCAAACAUUGUACAAAUCAUCGAUGUUUAUGCGAAUAGUGUGCAGUUUCCCCACGAAUCUAGUCCAAGGGCACGGCUCCUUAUUGUUAUGGAGAUGAUGGAGGGGGGCGAGCUGUUUCACAGAAUCAGCCAGCACCGGCACUUCACUGAGAAGCAAGCCAGCCAAGUAACAAAGCAGAUUGCUUUGGCUCUACAGCAUUGUCACUCAUUAAACAUUGCACACAGAGAUCUGAAACCAGAGAAUUUGCUCUUUAAGGAUAACUCCUUGGAAGCUCCAGUCAAACUGUGUGAUUUUGGGUUUGCAAAAAUAGACCAAGGAGACCUAAUGACACCACAGUUUACCCCUUACUACGUAGCUCCUCAGGUUCUAGAGGCACAAAGAAGACACCAGAAAGAGAAGUCGGGGAUUAUUCCUACCUCACCAACACCAUAUACAUAUAAUAAGAGCUGUGACUUAUGGUCCUUAGGUGUGAUUAUCUAUGUGAUGCUGUGCGGCUACCCUCCCUUUUACUCCAAGCACCACAGCCGGACAAUCCCUAAGGAUAUGAGGAAGAAGAUUAUGACAGGAAGCUUUGAGUUCCCAGAGGAAGAAUGGAGCCAGAUCUCAGAAAUGGCAAAAGACAUUGUCAGAAAGCUGUUGAAGGUUAAGCCUGAGGAACGACUCACCAUUGAAGGUGUUCUGGACCACCCUUGGCUAAACUCCACAGAGGCACUGGAUAAUAUUUUGCCAUCUGCACAGAUGAUGAUGGAUAAGGCAAUGGUUGCCGGGAUACAGCAAGCCCAUGCAGAGCAGCUUGCCAACAUGAGAAUACAAGACCUCAAAGUCAACUUGAAACCAUUAAACAUUGUCAAUAAUCCCAUCCUGCGCAAGAGAAAGCUGUUGGGGACAAAACCCAAGGAAAAUGUUUAUAUUCAAGAUGCAGAGAAUGGAAGUGAAGAUUCCAAUAUUGCUUUGGAAAAACUGCGGGAUGUGAUUGCACAAUGUAUUCUACCACAAGAAGGUAAAGGAGAAAAUGAAGAUGAAAAAUUAAAUGAAGUUGUACACGAAGCCUGGGAAUACAACAGAGACUGUAAAUUACUGAGAGAUACGUUACAAAGUUUUAGCUGGAAUGGACAAGGAUUUACAGACAAAGUUGAUCGUCUAAAACUUGCUGAAAUUGUAAAGCAGGUUAUUGAAGAACGAACAAACUCUCAAGAAGAUUCUCAAUAG